AUGGCAAGCCCAGUUGAACAGCGGAACUGGGAAAUUUUCUAUCUACGGUUUUCCUACUCCGAGCCCGUUGUUUGGCAUUCCUUGCUUUCAAUUGCAAGCCUGAUGGAGGGGUAUACACUACGAGCUCAUCCUAAAGCUGCCGUUGCCCAUCAGCUCGCUCUAUGGCAUUACAACAAGGCUGUUGGUUUCCUCAUCCCGCAGAAGUCCGCGGAAAUGGUGAAAAUAGAGGUUCUAUUGUCGUGCUGCUAUCUGUUUUAUGCCUUGGAGACCAAUCUCCAAAAUACCGAUGAGGCUUUUAAUCACUUGUAUGGCGGCUAUCAGAUUAUACGCGUUUGGAGGGCCAACCACAAAAAUCCGAUUUCUUUAGUCGAAACUGUUUUCUGCCCGCUCUUUUAUACGCAAACUUUCAGCUGGCUAUCGAAUUGGUUUACAUACUUCAAAGAGCUACGAGUGAAGGUUGAUAUGAACGAUCUCCAUCCUCUCCCGAGGGGAGGUUUUACGGGCUUGUCCGAUGCCAGUGUUGAGUUGUUUCAAAUAACAUGCUAUGGGCUUGGCUGUGCACGCUCUUUCGAAACUUACAAAGUGACUCAUGAUAUUCAAGAAGACGACGAAGCUGCAAGGCUGCAGCGCGAGUAUUUCCGGAGCAGACUUGAACACUGGUUAGAGGCUUUUGAAAGACUCUACCCACAAGGUUGUCCGGAUACAGCCAAAGCACUAGAAAUCAAAUACCUGAAAUUAAUACGGAGGAUCGUCUAUCUAUGCCUACCUGGAAGGUUCAAUGUCGUGGGGAUCCACUACGAUGCUUAUGCGAAUGGAUUUGCAAGCAUUGUUGAUGAGAUGACUUUCAUCUACGACACAGCAGCUAAGGAAUUUGAAAAAUAUCAGAAAACCAACUCGACAUCGUAUUAUUUCCGAGAGAAUAUAUUCCUGCACGUCUAUAUGAUUUCCAUUAAAUGUCGAAACCCUUCUGUUCGAAGAAAAGCACUUUCUUUGCUUGAGAAGGUUGCUUCGCCCCAAUCGAUCUGGAAUAACCUUUUGUCGAUCGCAAUGAUUGAGAGAUUAAUUCAGGUCGAAGAAGAGGGGUUGGAGGGUGUUGUUGACGCGACGGGGUCAACUGUUCCAUCGGAAUGGGCAAGAAUACAUGAUAUCACCCGCGUGCCAGAAGAUGUUCCUCACCCAGAUGGUUUCUUGUUUAGAAUGCGACAGAAAAUCAAUGGGGAGUGGUGUAUUCGAGAUGAGAGGAUUUCUCUGAACGUUGUCCAGGGUACGACGGUUACUAACAAUGACAAGAGAUAG